AUGUAUGAAAAACAUAGUGACGAGGAUGAUAUUGCCGUGGAUCCCACGACCCAUCUCCCGACAGCUUACGGCGAUGACUGGCAAUCGGAAACCACUUCGAUCGGCUCCUCGCUUUAUCGCGGGCUAGAGGAGAAUGGCCGACGGUAUCAAACAUUGAGCCACAAAGAAUAUCUCCACUUGGUAGCCCUGAUCAUGGACUCAGACAACGACAACCCGCUUUUCCGGUCGCCUGUUAAAGAUCCUAAAAAUAUUCUCGAUCUUGGAACAGGUCUGGGUAAUUGGGCCAUCGAUGUAGCCGACAUGUUCCCAACAACCACCGUCCGCGGAGUCGACCUCUUCCCACCACCAGUAAAAUGGAUGCCACCAAACUGCAUCCUGGAAGUCGACAACAUCGCCGAAGAAUGGACCUGGAACGAACCCCAAGACCUAAUCCACAUGCGCAUCAUGAUCGGAGCCUUCGACGACGCAGAAUGGACCCGCGUCUACCAACAAUGCUACGACAACAUCCGCCCAGGCGGCUGGAUCGAACAACUAGAAGCAAGUCCGUACAUCGAGUGCGACGACGACAGCCUGCCGGAAGACAACAUCCUGCGCAGCUGGGGCCCAGCGCUAUCGGCGUGCGGCAAGCGAGCCGGCCGUCCGCUGGAAACCAUCGAUAUGAUGCAAGACGCCUUCCGCAAGGCUGGGUUUGUGGAUAUCCAUGAAAAAGAAUACAAGUGGCCCCUUGGGCCGUGGGCCCGCGACCAGAAAUAUAAAGAGGCUGGCACGGUUAACUAUCAGCAUUGGAUGUCUGGUAUGGAGGGCUGGGCUAUGUGGUUGCUCUGUAAAUUCGGGGCUCCGGAGCCUUGGUCGCAGGAGGAGGUAAUUGUUUAUGUGGCGAAGCUGAGGGCCGAGCUGCAGAAUCCUCGUUAUCAUAUUUAUGAGCGCGCGCGACGUGUGUGGGCGAGGAAGCCUUUCCCUGAGGAGAUUGAGGCGAGGGCCCAGGCUGAGGCGAGAGCUCAGGCUGAGACCGAGGCUAAGGCUAAUGAGAGGGCCGAUAUCAAGAAGGAGGAGUAA